AGGGAGGGAGGGGGCUCUGCCGCGUCUCUCCCCCUUCUGGCGGCUUCCCCUCCCCGGCGCGCCGCCCUCCCUUCCCCGCGCGGGGACCCUCCAUGCCCGCAUUUGGAAUGAGCAGCCGAGGGAAUGAGAGGCGGCGCAGCUCGCCCCCGGCCCUAGGAUCCCGCUGGCUCCCGGCGAAGAGGCACCGGCCGCUGGCUAUGGGGCAGCGAUCCAGCCCUGGGAGCAGCACAAGCGCCACGCAGAGGAACCUGCCGGUACGCUGAGCGGGGGGGGCAGGGGAGGGGGUCUGGGGCUGCCCUUCUCGUCCGUCUGCACUUCGGUGGGAUCGUUUUGGAGGAAAGGUGCGCAAGAUCGGACGCUUCGAGCUUCUCGACCAGGAAGUUGGGCGGGAGCGAGCAAGGAAACUUCGCCCGUGGGGAAGCGGCUCGACAAAUGUAGCGCUUUGGGAGUGUAGAAAUGGUGGUAAAACGGGGUGGGAGGCGCUGGAGCAGGUGUAAAAAGAGAGGCGGCAGAAGCAACAGUUUCAGCCUUGCCUGGCUGCUAGUUCUGUAGCUGUCUUUUAACGGCGCGAUCCUGUAGCUAUCCACAGUAAGUCACGAUGGUGAGGAGGAUUGAUAACAAUAGCUCAAGGCUGCAAUCCUGUGCAUUUAUUUGGGAGGUGGUGAUGCAGCAGGAUCCUAUUAUGCUGAUUUACUUAGAAGUGUGUGCGCACUGGGUAAAGACCCUCAGCGAGCCCUUCUUGAGAGUCAGCGGGCAUACAGUCAGAGCUGUGCGUGAGAAAAAGCAGAUGAGGCCGGGAGGACCACUGUGUGUGCUCAAAGGAACUCAGAAAAGGAUUCCCCCCCCCUUCACCCAGUCCUCAAAUUAAGGUCCGCUAGCUCCAAGAAGUGUGAUAGUUCUAACAGAGAAUGAAAGGGACCAUGUGUGACAAAAUUCUUCCAGUAUUGUGGCUUUAAAAGGGAGCAAGGAGGAUGCACAUGUGUGGCCAUUCCUAGUCACACAUACUUGCUUAUUUCAGUGGAUCUUAUUCUCAAGAAAUUGUUCUUUGGGUUGAAGACAUGUUUGUUUAACUUCAGGGCAAGGACCCAUGAAGUCAAAGCAGCAGUGGCUAACAUUUCUGUCAGUGCACCGUAAGCUGCGAUGAGCUGUGGCUGCAUAUGGUUUUGUGUCAUCUCCCAGCAGGGAAGGUGAAAGGGUUAAUUUGUGGCAAAGGCAUCUUAGAUGACCAUAUCUGGCAAAGGACAGCCGUUCCUAGAUCGGCUGGACAAACGGAGCCAACUCUAUUACUAAUCUGAAGAAGAGAGGAUGGUACCUGCAGUCUUGCAUAAUCAAAAGCAAUGUUUUUAUAUAUAUACAGUAUAUUGUAUUUUUCACUUCUAUAUAUAUAUAUGGAAGUGAAAAAUACAAAAUUAAACAGUGAUGCAUUUUAUGCAGAGAACGAUGGUUUAUGCUUUUGUUCCUAGAUGGCUGCCCACUGUUUUGUUUUCACUCACAAUCUGUUUAUGGCUUGACAAAAAUGCUAAUACAUUUGAGAUAGUGAGGAAACUGAAGAUGAAGUUUAAAUAUGCUUCUGUUUCUCCCACCCUUUAUGGCAUUGUAUAGUGAUCUAGACUGCAGCAUGGGGAUUUAUAGGCACAAACAUAUGUGGUUUUGAGCAUAUAUAUAUACUGCUUCUUUUUAACGAAUUCUUUAUGACUGUUUUAUUGAGGAAACUAAUAGUUAAGGGUAAACGGGAUGACAACUCUUCAUUUAUUGAUGGUGAGUUUGGGGACUUCAUGUUUGAGGGCUGGUGGUUGUGUGCAACAGAAGGAGAUGGUGAUCUAUUUAGACUGAAGACUGGCACUAAGUAUUGGGAGGGUGUAGAGGUCAAAAAUAUGAGGCAGGUGGAAAUUUUUCAGGAGGAUGUACUCAGAUGGUGGAUUUGUGUAGGCUGGAUUGUGAAUUCGGUAGGAAUUCUGAAGAUAAUGGUCCAAUGCAAGGUCUUGCACAGAAAGACCUCUUUUGGGGGACAAAAUGGAGAGGGGGUGAUUAAAGUGAUGCUCUCAGAUGGACAUGCCAUUCGCUAACCUCACGUGCAUCUCUUUCCUCAGAACUUAUUCAUUUUCCUGCUCUUCCUUGGACCUUUCAACUGCUUUGCAAGCUAUAGUCGUGCCACUGAACUUUUCUACAGCAUCAAUGAAGGGCUGCCCUCCGGGUUCCUGAUCGGGAAUCUAGCCCAGGAUUUACAGGUCCAGGCAACAUCAGAGGGAGAGGGAGAGGCCACAGUAGAGGGGAAGCAGCAGCCUCAGCAAUGGGGGAAAACCCCUCUCUCCUUCAGCCUUGCCUCCCAGGGAUUAGGAGGUCAGUAUGUGAACCUAGACAACCAGACUGGAGAACUGAGCACCUCCGCAAAGGAGAUUGACCGGGAGGCGCUAUGCACAGAGGAUAAUGUUGGCUCUAGUGUGGUUGCCUCCUCCUCCUCCUCCCCAGUACCAUCUUCUGAGUCGUGCUUGCUGUUGCUGGAUGUUAUGGUGUUGCCUCAGGAGUAUUUCCGCCUUGUCAAGGUGAAGAUUGCCAUCCACGAUGUCAAUGACAAUGCCCCGUGCUUUCCCAUGCCACAGAUCCACCUCUUUGUGCCUGAGAACUCACCAGUCAACACCCGUUUAGCUAUAGAGCAUCCGGCAGUUGACCCAGACAUGGGGAGCAACGGGGUCCAGACAUACCACCUGCAAGAUGACUUUGGGGUUUUUACAUUGGAUGUGGAGGAAAAUGAAAGUGGGGAAAGAACGCCUUACCUGAUUGUCAUGGGUGCCUUGGACAGAGAGGCCAGAGACAAAUAUAUUACCCUCAUAACUGCAGAGGAUGGAGGAGUCCCUCCACUGGUGGGCAGUGCCACCCUCACUAUUGGCAUCAGUGACAUCAACGACAACUGCCCACAGUUCAAUGAGACCCAGAUCAAUGUCACAGUUUUUGGGAAUUCUAGUAUUGGGUUGCCCAUAGCCUCUGUCCAUGCUGUGGAUGUGGAUCAGGGAAUCAAUGCAGAGAUCGCAUAUUCCUACAGCCAGAAGGUUUCUCAGUCAUCCCGCACUUUGUUUUACCUUGAUGAAAGCACAGGUGUUAUCAAGCUCUCCAAGAGGAUUAAUGGUGACACUCCUCGUCUCCAUCGGUUGAGCGUAUUAGCCAACGGUCCCGGUUGUAUCCCUGCAGUGAUCACUGUGUUAAUAUCCAUCAUCAAAGUCACAAUGAGACCUCCCGAAGUGAUUCCUCGUUUUAUAGCUAAUGAAGUAGAAGGGGUGGUUUACCUGAGGGAAUUAGAGCCUGUUAACACACCGAUAGCAUUUUUUACCAUAAAAGAUCCAGACGAAAAAUACAAAGUGGAUUGCUAUUUGGAUGGUGACGGCCCAUUCAGGUUGUCACCAUACAAACCAUAUCACAAUGAGUACUUGCUGGAGACUACAAAACCAUUGGAUUAUGAGGCUCAACAGUUCUAUGAAGUAUCAGUGAUCGCAUGGAAUACUGAAGGAUUCCAUGUCAAUAAAAUAGUGAAAGUGCAGGUUCUGGAUGAUAAUGACAAUUCACCUGUUUUUUCUCAAACACUGAUAGAAUUAUCAAUUGAAGAAAAUAAUGUCCCCAAUGCUUUUUUGACCAAGCUACAUGCAACAGAUGCUGACAGUGGAGAAAGAGGGCAAGUGUCUUAUUUCCUAGGGCCUGAAGCCCCUUCAUAUUUUGCUUUAGAUAAAGUCACAGGAGUUUUGACAGUUUCUACCCAGCUGGACAGAGAAGAGAGAGAAAAAUACCGCUACACAGUUAAAGCAGUAGAUUCUGGAGUGCCAGCCCGAGAAUCAAUAGCCACAGUUACCAUCUCUGUACUGGAUAAAAAUGACAACAGUCCAAGAUUUAUCAACAAGGAUUUUAGUUUUUUUGUGCCAGAGAAUUUUCCAGGCCUUGGGGAAAUUGGAGUUAUAAGUGUCACGGAUGCAGAUAUAGGGCAAAAUGGCUGGGUAGCACUUUCUGUUGUAAAUGGAAGUGACAUCUUUGUUAUAGACACCGGCAAAGGAGUGCUAAGAGCUAAGGUCUCUCUAGACAGGGAACAGCAGAGCUCAUACAUCUUAUGGGUUGAAGCAGUCGAUGGAGGUGAUCCUGCCUUGUCCUCGACUGCAAAAAUAACUGUCCUUUUGCUGGACAUCAAUGAUAACCCACCCUUGGUCUUGUUUCCGCAGUCCAACAUGUCUUACCUCCUAGUCCUCCCUUCUACUCUACCUGGAUCUCCUAUCACAGAAGUUUAUGCUGUAGAUAAUGAUACCGGCAUGAAUGCAGUCAUAGCAUACAGCAUCAUAGGGAGAAGAGGUCCCCGUCCAGACUCCUUUAAGAUUGACCCCAAGACAGGCAACAUCACUCUGGAGGAGUCACUAAUGCAAAACGACUAUGGCCUUUAUCGGCUUCUUGUUAAGGUUAGUGAUCAUGGUUACCCAGAACCUCUGCAUUCCACAGUUAUGGUGAACCUCUUUGUCAAUGACACUGUGAGCAACGAGAGCUACAUUGAAAGCCUUUUAAGAAAGGAACCUGAUAUUAACGUCGAGGAAAAAGAACCACAAAUCUCUAUAGAACCCACACACAAAAGAGUAGAAUCAGCAUCUUGUAUGCCUACCUUAGUGGUCCUGUCAGUAAUAAGCUUGUGUUCAAUAACAUUGGUAACUGGAAUGGGUAUUUACAUCUGCCUAAGGAGAGGAAGAAAGUACCACAGAGGAGACGAAACUUUGGAAGUACAAAUCCCAUUAAAUGGAAGAAUUGAUCUUCAUAUGCUGGAGAAAAGGCCUGUGGAAAUUUCCAAUAUCUGAUGGCUUCAAAUGGAUAAUCUCAACCAAAACCUAAUAAUUCUGAAAAGUGAUAAAGUUCCCAGAUACAGGAUUGUCAGCAGUAGCUACAAUGAAGGACUACUGAUUUAUAACUUAUUAUAAUUGUAAAUACUGUAGCUGUCUACAGCUUUUUUUCAGUGAAAAGAAAAAGAAAAUCAAAUUCAUUUUACAGCUUUUUUAUGAAACCAUAGUGCUAACAGCUCAUAACUUGUCUGUGUAGACUUGGUCAUCACAAGACCCACCCAUAAAUUAAGUCAGUAUUCAUAAAGUGAAAGGUAAGACAAUGACAAAUUCAUUGUUAAAUUCUUUUUCAUUCCUAAGUCAUUUUUUACCACAAGAGGGCAACAUCUGCCAUUCCUGUAAAUGAGUCUGUUUAAAAGAAAAUGAAAAGUAUAUUUUAAAACAUUGUUUUUCUAAAGGGGAAAAAUAAACAAAAUAAAAGUAUGGGUUUGAGGUAUAAUAAUUAUAUGCUCUAUUGUAUAUACAAGAAGUUGACAAGAAAAUAUGCACUGGUAAAUCAAACAGAAUGUUUUAUUACCUCAGAUGUUUAAAUAUAUAAAUCUCCCUCUAUAUAGGAAUGGCAUUAACAAGAAGUGCAAUUUCUUGAGGGUACCCAUUAUCCCCUUGUGAGGUUAUGGACAGAAAUUAGAUGUUCACUUUCACCUCAAUAUGGAGAACAAACAUUAUAAAUUGCUUCAGCAAUAUUUUGAUCAGUAUCUCUUGGAACAAAUAAAAGAAAUAUGCCAUCUGGGAUGCAAAUGAGUCCUGGUGUACACAGGGCAAAAAAGGGUUUCUGUUGCCAAUUUCCCUGACAUAACACUUCUUGAAACUUUUGGGAUGCCUCUGUGCAAGAUUUCCCCAAGCCUUCAAGAGGUUUGAGUACCUGCCACUAGAAUCUAAAGUACAACAGCCUGUUCCUAUGCAUAGUUACCUGAGCUAAAUGAGGCUUUCUCCUCAAGUAAGAGUGCACAAGGCUGUAGACUAAGUGCAGCAAAGUGCAGGAACAGUGAAAUGCCAGUUAAUUCUAAGGAUUAAUUUCUAUUACGUGAGAGUAAGAGAGCCUGAUAACCACCAUGCCGACUCCAUCAAGACUAUCUGCAUGUGGAAAAUGGUUUCCAUGCAUGCAUUGUCCUUAUGGGCCCUGAACCUUAAAUACAAAAAGAUGUGACAGGGAGAAAUUCUACAUUCCGCUCAUCCACUCACUACUAAACUGCUGAUUCCAGACACCCCUCUUGCUCCAAAUAGGUGAAUAACGGUGUCAGAGGCAGGAGAGAUCUUUGUGUGCAGUUCCCACUGCCUGCAAAUAUCUCUGGACUGGGGCCCACGAUCAAUAUCCCUCCAUUUCAGAAUAUUAUAGUUCCAUCUACCACCACCCCAACUAAUUUUGUUGUUGUUGUUGUUGCUGUUGAUCUAGUGAUCCCUAGUUGUUGUUAAUAAUGCUUUGUAGUUUCAAUGAUCUAUCAGUAGUAUUCCAUCACUUUGGUUGUAUAAUUUUUCUCUUCUUUUUUAAAAAAGCAAUGUUUCUGAAUUAGAUAUCUCAUAUUGAAACAAAAAUUAUUGGUCAUAUGAACCUUUGGUUUUUUUAAAUUUGGGCUCUUGCUAUUCUCUCAAUGGGUAUUUUGUGUGAGAGAACAGCAGCUAAUUACUGACUCUUGGCUCCCUUCCUUUUCAUUAGCUUAGUCUUUUCGAUCAUGCCCAUAACUUUCCUUCCUAAAGCCAGUGACAUAUCUUCCCAGAAAUGACACCUGCCUGUCUCUGCAGCUACACAGCAGAGGGGUUAUCAGCAAUGCACACCUUUAACAAUGAUUGCAAAAGCUGCAAAACUUUCAUGCCAGAUGUCUCCAUCAAAUCUAGCUGUGUAAAACAAGGCAAAUGAGUGCUCUGCUUAGAACUGACACUUUUCUUGAGUUCUGACAAUAUGUCUGUACUGUACCAAAAGUGUUUAUAUGUCUGCAAAUAAAAACUCUAUAUUUUC